UUUCCAGCUGUCCCUCAGUCGGUCGGGAUUUCAGAACCACAGGAGAAUCGCCGGAAAGGGCUUGGUGAUAAAACACCACAUUCUGGGAGAAGAUACCACAUUAUAUGGUCACACAAAUACUCAACGAGCUACUUUAUGCAGUAUUUGCCGAUGGAGACUGAACUAUGAGGUGUUGUGUAGUGCAGAAGACUGAGUGAACCAUGGCACAGUUCCCCACCACAUUCACAGGUCCAGAUGUGUUUCUAAUCUCAGUGGAUGAGAGAGCCAAACAUGAUCAGCAGUUUCACAGCCUCUCUCCGACUGCCGGGGGUUACAUCACAGGCGACCAAGCCAGGAACUUCUUCCUUCAAUCAGGACUGCCCGCCCCCAUCCUGGCCCAAAUCUGGGCUCUGGCUGAUAUGAACGGUGAUGGUCGUAUGGACAUCCACGAGUUCUCCAUCGCCAUGAAACUCAUCAAACUGAAACUCCAGGGUCACCCUUUGCCCCCCGCGCUUCCUCCCAGUAUGAAACAACCCCCACUGCCUUUACCCCCACAGACCGGCUUCGGCAUGCCCCCCAUUCCUCCCAUCGCAGCUCCUCUUUCGGCCGUGCCUCCGCUCCCCCUGCCACCCCUCCCUGUCGGAGUGUCUCCUCCGCUCGUCUCGUCUGCCCCGCCUCCCCUCCCUCAGCCCAUCGCCAACGGGGCUCCUCCCACAGGCAUGAUGCAGCCUAUCUCAGGCUUCUCCCACCCAGCUCCCUCUGUCAACAAGUCUUCAUCGUUUAAUCGUUCCAGUACCAAGUUGCAGAAGGGGGCGUCCGUGGACACUGCUAGUGUUCAGCCCCCCUCUGAUUGGGCCGUUCCUCAGUCCUCCAGGCUGAAGUACAGACAGCUGUUCAACUCCCAUGACAAGAUGAUGAGUGGACACCUCACAGGUCCCCAGGCUCGCACUAUCCUGAUGCAGUCCAGUCUUCCUCAGGGUCAGCUGGCCACAAUAUGGAGUCUAUCAGAUAUCGACCAGGAUGGAAAGUUGACAGCUGAGGAGUUUAUCUUAGCCAUGCACCUCAUAGAUAUGGCUAUGUCAGGGUUACCGCUACCCCCUGUGUUACCACCAGAUUACCUCCCACCCACUUUCAGGCGUGUGCGAAGUGACAGUGUUCAGUCAGACCAGAAGAGCGUCCCGGAGGAGGCCGAGGAGGAGACGGAGAGCAGUCAGGAAAAAAAGCUACCAGUGACGUUUGAGGAUAAGAAGAGGGAAAACUUUGAGCGAGGAAACCUGGAGUUGGAGAAGAGACGUCAAGCACUGCAGGAGCAGCAGAGGAAAGAGCAGGAGAGGCUGGCUACGCUGGAGAGAGAGGAACAGGAGAGGAAGGAGCGUGAGCGUAUGGAGCAGGAGAGGAGACGACAGCACGAACUAGAAAAACAACUGGAGAAACAGAGAGAGCUGGAGAGGCAGAGAGAAGAGGAGAGACGCAAAGAGAUAGAGAGGAGAGAGGCUGCUAAGCGUGAAUUAGAGCGCCAGCGUCAGCUGGAGUGGGAGCGUCAACGUCGCCAAGAGCUUUUGACUCAAAGAAACCGGGAGCAGGAGAGUAUAGUGUUGCUCAAAGCCAGAAAGAAGACCCUGGAGUUUGAACUGGAGGCUCUGAAUGAUAAGAAGACCCAGUUGGAGGGCAAACUGAAGGAUGUUCGGUUUCGUCUGUCAGCUCAGCGGAGAGAGGUGGAGCAGACCAAUCAGACCAGAGAAACACGCAUUGCUGAAAUCACUCUGCUGCAACAGCAGCUGCAGGACUCCCAGCAGUGGUUGGGGAGGCUAAUCCCUGAUAAACAGAGUCUCAACGACCAGCUGAAACAGGUUCAACAGAACAGUCUGCAUCGUGAUAGUCUGUCGUCCCUGCAGAAGGCUGUGGAACAGAAGGAGACCAGCAGGCAGCAGCUCAGAGAGCAGCUAGAUGCUGUGGAGAGAGAAACGAGGGCCAAACUGCUGGAAAUAGAUGCUUUCAAUACCCAGCUGAAGUCUCUGUGUGAGUUCUAUGCCAACCACUGUGCCAGGAUAGAAGCCCUGCGACGCCAGCUUCAGGAGGAACAGAGAGGGAGACAGGAGCUGAGGGAGAUCCACAGCCGGCAGCAGAGACAGAAACAGAAGGAGCUGGAAGGAGACACACACACAUUGACACACACACACUCUCACAUGCACACCCCAAUCGAGAGAAAGUCUGCUGAACUGCAGGAGAGCAGGUUGUCAUCAGAGGAGAGCGUGGCCUGGAGGGAUGAAGCAGGAGGCUCUGCCCCUGGAGCUCCCAGUCCCGCCUCCAUCUCUGCACCCCACGCCUGGCUAAACAGAGUGACUCAGGAAGAAGAGGAGAGGAAGAGGAGAGGGAUGGACGAGGAGGAAGAGGUCCGCAAGGGGGCGGGAUCAGUAGGAUCAGUAGAAUCAGUCGAGGACGAGGGGAGAGGAAAGAAGGACAUGCAGGAGAAACUGAACAAGCUGUUCAGCCAGCCGACCGACCCCUGGGCUUCCACAGUGGAGAAGACUCCGGGACCCAGCCUCUUUGACCAGAAGGCCCCAGUCACUGGCUUCGACCAGCAGCAGCAGCCAGUGAAGGUGGUCUACUACAGGGCUGUAUAUCCAUUUGAUGCUCGCAGCCAUGAUGAGAUCAGUAUUGCUCCUGGAGAUGUAAUCAUGGUGGACGAAUCCCAAACAGGUGAACCCGGUUGGCUGGGAGGAGAGCUCAGGGGGCGUACUGGUUGGUUUCCAGCCAAUUACGCCGAACGAAUACCCGACAGUGAAGCGCCGAUCAGCUUGCGUGCAACAGCCUCAGCCACACCCACCUCAGCCCAGCAGCCAAUAACCACGCCUCCCCCAGCACCGGGACACACCUCCUCCUCCACGUCCUCCACUAACAGUAACUGGGCUGACUUUAGCACCACUUGGCCCUCUAACACAGCCAGUCAGUCAGACAGUGAGGGGUGGGAUGCAUGGCCGACCUCUUCGGCAGCUCAGAAUCCUUCGCUCAGCGUUCCCUCAGCGCAGCUACGACAACGCUCCGCCUUCACCCCCGCUACCAUGACAACGGGCUCCUCUCCUUCUCCUGUGCUGGGACAGGGGGAGAAGGUCGAGGGUCUUCAGGCUCAGGCUUUGUAUCCCUGGAGAGCGAAGAAGGACAACCACCUCAACUUCAACAAAAAUGAGAUAAUAACAGUGUUGGAGCAGCAGGACAUGUGGUGGUUAGGUGAACUGCAGACUGGACAGAGAGGCUGGUUCCCCAAAAGUUAUGUCAAGCUCAUCUCCGCCACCAUCACGGCCCCCGCUGGUGCCCCAGCACGCAGCAAAAACACUAGUGAAUCUGCAGUAUCAGACAGCCCACCCAAUGGAAAACGCCCCUCCCCUUCCCCAACAAAACCCUCUGAGUCAGGAGAAGCUGAGUACGUGGCUAUGUACACCUACGAGAGCAGUGAACAGGGCGACCUGAGUUUCCAGCAGGGAGAUAUCGUCAUGGUGACCAGGAAAGAAGGGGAUUGGUGGACGGGCAUGGUCGGGGGCAAGACUGGAGUCUUCCCAUCCAAUUAUGUGAAACCACGAGACUCUGCCUCUGAGUCUUUGGGACCAGCAGGGAAGACAGGCAGUCUGGGAAAGAAACCAGAGAUCGCACAGGUGAUCGCCCCCUACAGUGCUACAGGAGCAGAGCAGCUGACAUUAGCUCCAGGACAGCUCAUCCUCAUCAGAAAAAAGAACCCAGGGGGCUGGUGGGAGGGUGAGCUCCAGGCUCGGGGGAAAAAGCGCCAGAUAGGCUGGUUUCCAGCCAACUAUGUGAAGCUGCUCAGUCCCAGCACCAGCAAGACCACGCCCACAGAGCCCACCCCUCCUAAACUGGCUCCUGCCAGCACAGCUGUGUGUCAGGUGAUCGGCAUGUACGACUAUGUGGCCCAGAACGAUGACGAGCUGGCCUUUCAGAAGGGUCAGGUGAUCACAGUGCUCAACAAGGACGACUGCGAUUGGUGGAAAGGCGAGCUCAACGGGCGGGAGGGUCUGUUUCCCAGCAACUACGUCAAACUCACCACGGAUACUGACCCGAGCACGCAGUGGUGUGCUGACCUCCAUCUGCUGGACAUGCUGAGUCCCAUGGAGAGGAAGAGGCAGGGAUACAUCCACGAGCUGAUCGUCACCGAGGAGAACUACGUCAACGACCUGCAGCUCGUCACAGAGAUCUUCCACAAGCCUCUGUUGGAGUGCGAGCUGCUGACGGAGAAGGAGGUGGCCAUGAUCUUCGUCAACUGGAAGGAGCUCAUCAUGUGCAACAUCAAACUGCUCAAGGCCCUGAGAGUGAGGAAGAAGAUGUCAGGUGAUCGGAUGCCGGUGAAGAUGAUUGGUGACAUCCUGACCAACCAGCUGCCUCACAUGCAGCCAUACAUCAGAUCUUAGAAAAUACUCCAGAGUCGCAUCCAGACCACAGCCACCUGAAAGCUGCUCUGGAGAAAGCAGAGGAGCUGUGCUCGCAGGUGAAUGAGGGCGUCAGGGAGAAGGAGAACUCAGAUCGUCUGGAGUGGAUUCAGGCUCACGUCCAGUGUGAAGGCCUUUCUGAGCAACUGGUGUUUAACUCCGUCACCAACUGUCUGGGUCCCAGGAAGUUCCUCCACAGCGGGAAGUUGUUUAAAGCCAAGAGCAGCAAGGAGCUCUACGGGUUUCUGUUCAAUGACUUCCUGCUGCUGACACAGGUGACCAAACCUCUGGGCUCGUCAGGCUCCGACAAAGUCUUCUCUUCGAAAACACACUUGCAGUACCGCAUGUACAAGACGCCAAUCUUCUUAAAUGAAGUGUUAGUGAAGCUGCCGACCGACCCGUCAGGAGAUGAACCUCUGUUCCACAUCUCUCACAUAGACAGAGUUUACACACUCAGAGCUGAGAGUAUCAAUGAAAGGACGGCGUGGGUUCAAAAAAUUAAAGCAGCUUCAGAACUCUUCAUUGAGACAGAGAAGAAGAAGAGAGAGAAGGCGUAUCUAGUGCGCUCUCAGAGGGCUACAGGGAUCGGUAGACUGAUGGUCAACAUUGUCGAGGGAAUUGAGCUCAAACCUUGUCGCUCCCAUGGAAAAAGUAACCCCUACUGUGAGGUAACCAUGGGUUCGCAGUGCCAUAUCACAAAAACAUUACAGGACACGUUGAAUCCGAAGUGGAACUCCAAUUGUCAGUUUUUUAUAAAGGACCUGGAACAGGACGUCCUCUGUGUCACUGUGUUUGAACGAGACCAGUUCUCACCUGACGACUUCCUGGGCAGGACAGAGAUCCGGUUGGCUGAAAUAAAGAAGGACCAGGGCUCUAAAGGACCAAUCACGAAGCGGUUGCUGCUCCACGAGGUUCCCACAGGAGAGAUCGUGGUCAGGCUGGACCUCCAGCUGUUUGAGGAACCAUAAUACCCGAACAGGACCUCAGUGGACUGAAAAGGAACUAAGAGAUAUGGUUUGGACCCGACAGUCGGACUAAAUUAGACUGGACUGGAUUUUCUUGGUUUGUCCUAUUUCAGUUCCUUACUGCUUACAGGCUGUUUAUGUUUAAGGAGGGCGGUACUCACAGCUGAGGGAAAGUGUCAGUUUACAACAUUUGCUUGUUAAAUUAAAUGAAAAAAAGUGAAUAUUUAGUGGUUAGAGAAGCCCUGGAUUCACUGUGUCAGUGGCUUUUUGCAGGAGGAGCAGCAAGAGGAGGAAAAGGGUUACAAACAGUUGUAACCAGUCAGCACAGAGUGAAUCCAUUUGAGCAGUUUUAAUUAUUUUCCACUACAUUUGUUUGAGUGGAAACUGUAAAUAAAGAGCUUAUUAUCUCAGUUUCAGACCACAUAUCAGUUUUCUUAGAUUAAUAUUCAACCUUAAACCGGAUGUCUGCAGGUUCUGAUAAAUCACUGAACCUCUAACUCUUUAAAGUACUUUCCAAGCUACAAAUGUCUUACAUAAAUCUUAGUACUUUGUUUUACUGGUCUUAAAAAGCAGAUCUGUGGUGGGAGAUUUUAAAGACAAACACCCCCUUUAACCAGCAGCUCUUACAGUGGACCUGAUGCUGUAUUACCAAGGAAUGAAAAUCCAUGGCCUGUUUCUAUUCCAGUCCAGUCCAGUCUACUUCUGUCCUCCUUCAGUCUGGUCUAGUUUGUUUUUUUCGUCCAAUCUGGUUCAGUCCAGUCCUCUUGGAGUUCAGCCGGGUCUUUACUGUUUUCUUUUCCUCUGCUUCAUCAAACAGUCUCACAGACACUCCAGUGACAAUCCCAGCCCUCCUUAAUCCAAACCAACCCCUGUGUGUGUGUGUGUGUGUGUGGGGGAGAGAGAGUGGGUGAGUGAAUGACUGUAUGAGUGUCAAAGUGGACAGGCUACUGAAAGGUACGGUUCAGUGUACAUUUUUUUCUCUUUUUUAAGUCUUACAACUCUCGGAGUCUUAAGAUGAAGUGUUCGGGCUUUCAGCGUUUGUGGUACUGCUUGUGAAGGGAUCUCGCCGUUUUGAAUUUUUGCUCUUUUGACCUUCACUGAACACUUGCCACAUUAUCUCAGAAAGAGCUAAAUAUGUACAGGUUAAAUGAGAAAUGCUAACGAUGCUAAUACGCUGAAAAUAUAGAAAGAUUUCCAGUGUAAAUAAACUACAGACAUGCCAAGAUGUCCCUUUCACAUGCAUCCAUUAUAAUAAUAGUGAGACUAAUAUGGCUGAAACUAGGGCAGCCGGGGAAGAGGUGUGACAGCUAAUUUAAAUUGAGGUACUGUAAAGAGGAAUGUCUUAAUUUAAAAAAAAAAAAAAA